UCCCGGCGCAGACCGUGGGACCCGGAGCACAGCGGCGCUGAGCCCACCUGUCCAGGUCCCCAUCCAGCCCUGACAAUGACCCUGGCCGCCUCCUCCCAGCGCUCCCAAAUCAUUCGCUCCAAGUUCCGUUCUGCCCUGCAGCUGCGGAUCCACAGGCGGAAUCAGGACCCCACCUCAGGCCCGCCUCUGGCCCUGCCUUUGGGACCCACCCCUUUCUUCUGCAGCCCUGAACCCCAUCUGGGUCUCUGGAGCUCCCCAAACGAGUCUCCCAGCAUUUCUGAAGGCCGGCGUGAGCCUCCAGAACAGAGACAAGGGGCCAGGGCCGACCCCCAGGCCAGGGGCUCGGCCCUGGUUCCCCCUGUUCCGGAAGGCACCAGCUCACAACACCCACAUCCUAGGAUGAAGCCUACUCCCCUCACGCCCUCCCCACCUGGGGUCCCCAACCCCUGGCCCCCGUCGCACAAACUGGAACUUCAGACCCUCAAACUGGAGGAGCUGACGGUCUCCGAGCUCCGACAGCAGCUGCGCCUGCGGGGCCUCCCGGUGUCGGGAACCAAGUCGAUGCUCCUGGAGCGCAUGCGCGGCGGCGCCCCGCCCCGGGAGCGGCCGAAGCCGCGCCGCGAGGACAGCGCUCCCUGGCCACGCCUCCGGCCCAAGGCCUUGGGGACGGCCCGCCGCAAGGGCCCGGUGAAGCCGAGCGUUCUGUCUCUGGGGUCGCCUCUCCCACGUGCGGCUCAUGUCCCUGUGAGUGCCCCGGCUCCAGCUCCGGCUCCAGCCCCUGCCCGGGCCGCUGCCUCAGCACCGGCCUCAGCGGCCCUGACCCUAGAGGAGGAGUUGCAAGCAGCGAUCCGCAAUGCUGAGUUGCUUCCGAACCGGGGCAUCGAUGACAUCCUGGACGACCAGGAGAGGCCUGACGACCCGCUCCCCCCCAUCCCGUUGGACUUCCCUGGCUCUUUCGACGUCCUGUCUCCCUCCUCGGGCUCCGAAGGCCUCUCGUCCGUGUUCUCGUCCUCACUCCCGUCCCCGGCGAACUCCCCGUCCCCCUCUCCCAGGAGCCCCACGGACUCCUUGGACUGGCUGGAGACUCUGAGUGGGGGUCCCCCCUUGGGCUCCGGCCCCCCGGCCCCCAGCAUCUUCUCAGCUGACUUGUCCGACUCCGGUGGCACCUGGUUAUGGGACUUGCUGGAAGAUCCGUGGUGACGACUGCUGGUGUGCUUGGCACCCCAAAGUCCUACAGAGCCGUACUGAGGGCUGGGGGGAGGGGGCGGGCCUGAGAGCACCAGAGCCCCUCCCAAACAGACCCGGAUCAGCGCCAGCCCCUCCCCACCUGUCGCCCCCCAUGGCUGCUGCUGCUGUGCCAACUGCCUGCUCCCUGCCUGCCCUCCAGGCAGCCAGCUGGUCUCUGUGGGGGAGGGGGUAGGAGGGUUGCUGCCCAGGGCAAACAUGCUGCCUGCUGCUUCCUUGAGAGACUUCUGGAAAUUUCUGUCCCCGCCCCCAGCCCUGGGUGGCUGCCUUUAGUCUGGGGAUUCUGGGUGGUCCUUGGACUUUUUGGAUGCCUGGAUCCUCUCUGAAGUCAGCUUCUGGAAGCAGAAGCUGUCAGGUGCCAGGGAUGUAUCAGAGAGGAGGAGGAGGAGGGAGGUUCCAAGCUCCAGGUACCUCCAGCCCCAGGGCAGUCCUGGGAAGCCUUGCAAUAAAGUGUG